UUUCUUCUUCCUUCUCAGUUUGGUGGACAAUAAAAAAACUUAGCCCUUUUAGAGAGAGAGAGGGAGAGAAAGAGAGGAGAGAGAGAGACUUGGACAACUCAUCAGUUGCUGCGGCUCAAAGAGAGAUCGAGAUCGAGAUCCACACGACGGAGAAGAGAGCUCUCACGGAUAUGGGAUCUCAGCUCCCUCAGUAUUGCUGCCGUUUCGUCUUCUACUGUCACUCCCAGAAUAGCAACUACUUUUCCUGAUAGAUUUAUCCGCGCGAAGCUACAUUUUCUCGGAAACUUACACUCUCUCAGGAUUUGAUACUAUUACGUUUCAACAUAGUGUCUGUGGUGCUCAUUGAUCAACUUACUCUGGUUUUCUUCUCAAGUAGCUGAAAUGGGUUCGAGAUACCCAUCUCACCAGCUCGGCAAUGGGCUAUUCGUGUCUGGUCGGCCUGAGCAACCCAAAGAAAGGCCUCCAACAAUGAGCUCAGUAGCCAUGCCUUACACGGGGGGCGAUAUUAAGAAAUCAGGAGAGUUGGGGAAGAUGUUUGAUAUUCCAACAGAUGGGACUAAGUCAAGGAAGUCUGGUCCCAUAUCCGGUGCUCCUUCAAGGUCGGGCUCAUUUGCAGGGACUGCACAAUCAGGUCCAGGCGCUCCUAUUGCCGCUGGUCGUAUGUCUGGUUCUUUAGCUUCUGCUGGGUCAGUUUCAAUGAAGAAAACGAAUUCUGGACCUUUAUCUAAGCACGGAGAGCCUUUAAAGAAAUCAUCUGGCCCGCAAUCUGGUGGCGUAACACGGCAAAACUCUGGUCCUAUCCCUGUUCUUCCAGCUACAGGUCUCAUAACCUCUGGGCCUAUUACAUCAGGACCUCUGAAUUCAUCUGGGGCCCCUAGAAAGGUUUCUGGUCCUCUAGACUCUUCUGGCUCGAUGAAAACACAUAUGUCUUCUGUUGUCCACAACCAGGCAGUAACUACACUUGGUCCUCAAGAUGACUUUUCCUGCUUGAAGAGCUUCCCAAAGCCUGUGUUGUGGUUGGUUGUUCUUAUAUUUGUCAUGGGGUUCCUUGCCGGAGGCUUCAUUCUUGGUGCAGUUCACAAUCCAAUUCUCCUCAUCGUUGUCGCGAUCAUGUUUACAGUUGUUGCUGCGCUUUUUAUUUGGAAUAUUUGUUGGGGGAGACGUGGUAUCACUGAUUUCAUUGCUCGUUAUCCUGAUGCUGACCUUAGAACUGCCAAAAAUGGUCAAUACGUGAAGGUCACUGGGGUGGUUACUUGUGGUAAUGUGCCGCUUGAGUCAUCCUUUCACAGAGUUCCCAGAUGUGUGUACACAUCCACAUGCCUAUAUGAGUAUCGUGGAUGGGGUUCGAAACCAGCGAAUUCUUCACACCGUUGCUUCACAUGGGGGCUGAGAUCAUCAGAGAGACAUGUGGUGGACUUUUACAUAUCGGAUUUCCAGUCAGGGCUCAGAGCCUUGGUCAAAACCGGAAACGGUGCAAAGGUAACACCUCUUGUAGAUGAUUCUGUUGUCAUCGAUUACAAGCACGGAAGCGAGCAAGCAUCUCCAGAUUUUGUUCGGUGGUUAAGGCAGAAGAAUCUAUCGAGCGAUGAUCGAAUAAUGCGGCUUAAAGAAGGGUAUAUAAAAGAAGGAAGCACUGUGAGUGUGAUUGGAGUGGUGCAGAGAAACGACAAUGUGUUAAUGAUAGUGCCGUCAUCUGAGCCACUUGCAGCUGGUUGGCAAUGGAGGAGAUGCACAUUCCCAACAAGCCUUGAAGGAAUCGUAUUGAGAUGUGAGGAUUCAUCUAACGUUGAUGCAAUACCGGUUUAAGUCGUCAUCAUCAUCAUCCAUCAUCAUCCAUCAUCAUCAAUGUGUGGGUUCAUUAAAUAUUUUUUCAUGAAUCUGGAAAAUUCCUGGUGGGUACGUUUGGUGGUGGGUGGUUGGUUUGGUUGUAGUGUUUCUUUUUUUUUUUUGUCUUCUUUCAUUAUUCUCUUUAAAUCUAUAUUUUUUGUUCUCCGAGUUAUUACGUUUAGGAUGAUGGUGAUGGUGGUGGGUGUGGGUGUGGUUUCAUAUUCGUAAGAUGAGUUAAUUGUUUUCAUCUUCUUUGCCUUUUGGUUUGUAUAGCUCUUCAAGUCAAUUCUUUUUUCGAUAGAACUUGUGUACUUACUCAAGGUGUUGUGUAUGUUAUGUUAAAACAAAACUCACUUUGGUGUUCUUUUGAAACCUAA